GAAACGCAAAACCCCUAGAAUUCUAAUUUUCAAUCCAUAAAUACGUUGUUUUGUUACAAAUAAACCAACGCGUGUGUUUAGUGUCAACAUUUGAAUUUCGUGCAGGCAACCAGUAAAACACCGCUUUUUCCAACUUGUCAAAAGUGACAUUUCAGUCAACAAACCUUGUGUUUCAAAAAUUAUCAAACAACGUUGAAAAUGCCGGAUUCCGACACCAAAAGCAUGGAUACAGAAACCGAAGAGGAGCCCUUCGGGCUAGGUUGUGCCUUGGAGCUAUUCACCGAAGCCAAAGAAGUGCUCGAAAUGAUUGACUCUCUCAAAAACACCUACAACGAUAAGUCUCUCAGUGAAAAAGCUUACGAACGUUUUAGUGUGAUUAUUGGUCAGUAUAAAGAACAGCCGCAUUUACUGGACACCCAUUUAGACGAAUUGCUCGCAAAAUGUAUCAGUAUCAUACGGAGCGAAAACAACAUGGAUGUUAAACACAGCGUUUUUAAAUACAUGUUUGUCGUUGUAAAUGUGAGGGGGUAUAAGGUGAUUGUGCGCCACCUUCCACACGAGGUUUCUGAUUUUGAAGCCGUUUUAAGACUUUUGGAAGCGCAAAACCCCAAUGAUGCUGAAACCUGGACCACGAGAUAUGUGUUGCUGCUUUGGUUUUCAAUUAUUAUUAUGAUACCAUUCCACUUGAACCGCUUUGAUGGGUCCAUAGAGACUGGUGAUAAUUCCAAGACUGUGAUGUGUAGGGUAUUAGACGUAAUAAAACAAUAUGUCGUUGUCUCUGACAAGUGUAGAGACGCCGCUGCCUAUUUAUCAGCACGCUUUAUCACACGAAAUGACGUAAAGGAGCAACACUUGUCCGAAUAUUUUAAUUGGGCGAUUUCGCUAAGCACCGCCCCCGAAAGUAACGUUUUUGUCAAACAAGGCAUCCUAGCUUCGGUAGCUAUGAUUAUAAAGCAUGGUAAACGCGAGGAUUUGCUACCAUACGCCAACGAUUUGCUAGCGUGGGUUAUAAAUGACGAUAUUAAGCAAAACGCAGGAACGAACGUGCAAAAACUGGUGUACAAACUCGUUCAAAGAAUAGGUUUGACGUUUCUGCCUCCUAGAGUGGCUGCAUGGCGCUACAAAAGAGGGAGUCGAUCUUUGGCGGCUAAUUUAAGUGCGGGGGAUGGUACAACUUCGCACUUACCCGAAACUGAAGAAAACUUAGAAGAUGAAAAUAUUGAAGUGCCUGAUGAAGUUGAGGAGGUGAUAGAUCAGUUGAUUCAAGGGUUGCGCAGUGGUGAUGGAGUUGUCAGAUGGUCGGCUGCUAAGGGUAUAGGCCGUGUCACCGGUCGCCUACCCCAAGACUUGGCAGACGAAGUUGUGGGUUCAAUUUUGGAGUUGUUCAGUCCGCGGGAAGGGGAUGGAGCCUGGCAUGGGGGGUGUUUAGCUUUAGCAGAAUUAGGACGAAGGGGCUUGCUCUUACCCAAAAGACUUCCAGUAGUGGUACCUGUAGUACUCAAAGCACUCGUCUAUGACGAACCCAGAGGUUACUCAUCCGUUGGUUCUCAUAUAAGAGACGCAGCUUGCUACGUCUGUUGGUCAUUCGCACGUGCUUACGAAAAAGAAAUUCUCAAACCUUUUGUUAACACUAUAGCCUCAACUUUACUUAUAGUCACUUGUUUCGACAGAGAAAUUAAUUGCAGGAGGGCGGCGUCGGCGGCGUUCCAGGAAAACGUAGGCCGCCAAGGGACUUUCCCGCACGGCAUUGAUAUUUUGACAGUCGCCGAUUUUUUUGCUGUUAGUGUUCGAAAUAACGCUUAUUUGAACAUAAGUUCGUAUAUCGCUCAGUUCAAUGAGUACACGGUACCUAUGAUUGACCAUUUAUUGCACCGGAAAGUCGACCAUUGGGACUGUAUUAUUAGGGAGUUGACAGCCAAGACGUUACACAAUUUAGCUUCCAGGGCUCCCGAAUACAUGGUCACAACAGUGCUGCCAACCUUGUUCGAAAAAACGAACAGCAUUGAUCUGAAUAGCAAACACGGCGCAGUUUUAGCCAUUGGUGAAAUCGUCCACGCCCUUUCGAUAACUGCGAAAUCUCAACCAAUCGAAGACGUUCUGACCACGCCCAUUCUGGACAAAAUCAAAAAUUUGGUUCCGCAUUUCCGCCAGAAAUUCGCCUUCCGGGGUUUAGGUGGCGAGCUAAUGAGAAACGCCUGCUGCGAUUUUAUCGCAAAGUGUUCUCUAGCGUCCCUCGCUUUAACUAAUGACGUCACGGACGAUUGGCUCAAUCUUCUCAAUGAAUGCAUCAGUUACAACGUCCCGACUAUUCAAUCCGCUGCCAUUAAAGCGUUACCCGUACUUCUAUCCAAGUACUACUAUUCGAACAAAGCGGCACAAAAACACCUCGUUGAUACGUACAUCCACGAGUUGGCUUCUACGUCGCAGCAGGAAGUACGAAUGGGGCAUGCUUUAGCUCUCGGGGCGUUGCCUAAGUUCAUGUUGACGUCACAUUUGAGUAGUGUGAUUGGUGCGCUCGUGCAAGCUGCGCAGAUUACGCCAAUUACGAGCAAGUGGGCGGAGAGUAGGCGGGAUUCGAUUAAAGCGCUAGCGGGUUUGGCGGUGACGAUGGCCGAUGAAAUAGGGGAAGAUUUUCACAAAGAGAGUGUUUUAAAUAUUUACGACGUGUUUCUGGGGGGUUUGAAGGAUUACACGCAGGAUAAAAGAGGGGAUGUGGGGGCGUGGGUGCGCGAAGCUGCCAUGAUAGGUCUCCAGACUUUGACCUUCAAGGUAGUUGAAAAAAAAUCGGACUUGUUGGAUGGAGUGUUGGUUAGUAAAAUCGUGGCUGGAGUUGCACAACAAGCAGUGGAAAGAAUAGACAGAACGAGAGCAUUGGCGGGAAGAAUUUUUUACAGUUUUCUUCACCAUGAAAUUCAAGUUCCGAAAAUCCCGUUUUACGACGACAUAGUCACAAUUUUUUCCAAAGACUAUGAAAAUCUGAAUUGGAAUUCGGCGUCAGACACGUUUCCUAAAUUCGUCGAACUGUUGAAAUUUCCAGAAUACACCUAUAACGUGAUGCUUGGCUUAAUAUGUAGCAUAGGCGGUUUGACUGAAACAUUAGUCAAAAAUUCCAGUUCUUCGCUCUUCGCUUAUAUGCAAAGAGAGAAGAAAAGUAGCAGAAUUGAAGAAAUCAAUCGUCUGUGUGAAGUUAUUUACACGAUUUUCAAAGACCACCAGAAAAUGGACAGAAUCACGGUGCCGACGCUUCGCUUCUUAGAAAAAUUUUUCAGCUCGGGGUGCAUCGAUCACCUAACUGAAGACCCCGCUGCCGAUUUUUGUAAAAGACUGUUAAAAUUAAUUUUAGCGGAAAUCUCAGGGUGCAAAGAUAUCUACAAGCUGAUCGACGGAAUUAAUCUUUUGGCCCAGUUUGUUCAGGUGAAAAACGACGCUUGUCAGUCAGCUUUGGUGCAGUUAAGUAUUCUGUUGUGCCACCGCCAGAGCUACAUCCGGAAAUCCACGGCGUCCAUUUUGUACGAGUCCCUCCUGGUAUACGGUGAUGGGGCCGUUUUUAAGACGGAAAAUUUGGACGAGAUUAUGCAGGUUUUGAGCAGUGCGGACUGGGAGCAGCCUGUCGACGUGGUCAGACCAGUACGGAAUCAGCUGUGUGUUCUGAUGGGAGUGCGAGUGCCUGUUCCUAAAGCCGCAACGACUUCGUAAUUCUGAGCUUUAAUAACGUUUGCCUUUUAUACCAGAUUUAUCAAAUUUGUACUAAUUUAUUUUAUUUACUAAUUGAGUUUUUUUAAUAAAUUCGAUUACUUUA